GACGACGACGACGACACUUGCUUCACCACCGUACCUGUUUCAACGGAGGAAAGAGACAAGAAGCGUUUUAACUUUCUCUUCUAACUCCAUGGAGAUUUGUGGCGUUGAUUCUGAAGGGAAAGAGUUUAAUAGUGCACAAGAGAUGUGGAGAGAAGAAAUUGGAGAAGAAGGAGACGAAACUAGAAAAACCCAAUGGUAUAGAGAUGGUGUUUCUUAUUGGGAAGGUGUUGAAGCAUCUGUUGAUGGAGUAUUAGGAGGAUAUGGACAUGUGAAUGAUGCUGAUAUUAUAGGAAGUGAGGUUUUUCUUAAGACUCUUUUGCAAGAAAGAUUAGUUAAUGUUGGACCUAAUCAACAUUUAGUAGCUCUUGAUUGUGGCUCUGGUAUUGGAAGAAUCACCAAGAAUCUUCUGAUUCGAUAUUUUAACGAGGUUGAUCUUCUUGAGCCUGUAGCGCAAUUUUUGGAUGCAGCUCGUGAAAAUUUGGCAUCUGCGGGUUCCGAAACGCAUAAAGCAACUAACUUUUUCUGUGUUCCUCUUCAGGAGUUUACUCCAGCUGCUGGGAGGUAUGAUGUUAUAUGGGUUCAAUGGUGCAUUGGGCAUCUCACGGACAACGACUUUGUUUCUUUCUUUAACCGCGCAAAGGGAUGCCUUAAACCAGGUGGGUUUUUCGUCGUGAAGGAGAAUCUCGCUAAAAAUGGAUUUGUUUUGGAUAAAGAGGAUCACAGCAUCACCAGAUCGGAUCCCUACUUCAAAGAGCUCUUUCGCCAAUGCGGGUUACAUCUCUAUAGAACAAAGGAUCAGAAAGGUCUUCCACAAGAGUUAUUUGCUGUAAAAAUGUAUGCAUUAACGGUUGACACACCACCGAAAAUCCACCGAACCAGAUCAAAAACUACUAGCAACAGACCGCAGAUUAUCAAAUGACAAAGUUUCUGAUUGGUUUAUAACAGCGUCUUAAUCUUUUUGUUUAAAGAGAGAAGCUACCAAAGGUAUUGUAAGAUCUGGAUCAAGGCUUGGCUACGAUGUGUAUUACCGCAGGAAAAGCUACCAAAGGAAGCACACUGUCACAUGGUUUGGUUUUGUGCCCGCUCGAUUCUCUUCUCUUCCAUCACCUUCACCAAGUAAUAAACUCUCAUGUACUCA